CGUGCCGAGCCCAGCCGUGCCAGGAUGCCGGGCCGCACCGUGUGGCGGCUGGCGCUGCUCGCCCUCUGCCUGGGGGCCGCGGCGGCGGGGGGACAUCGCCGCGGAGCCGGCGGCAAGAGCCGGCGGCAGGCGCAGACCCAAACCACGUCGGUGCCGCAGGGCACCCCCGCGCAGGGCAAGCAGACCUGCUAUGACAAUGGAAGGUACUAUCAGAUAAACCAGCAGUGGGAGCGCACCUACCUGGGAAACACGCUGGUCUGUACCUGCUACGGUGGGAGCCGAGGGUUCAACUGCGAGAGCAAGCCCGAACCUGAAGAGACUUGCUUUGACAAAUACACGGGAUCCACUUACCGGGUAGGGGAGACCUAUGAGCGCCCCAAGGACUCCAUGAUCUGGGACUGUACUUGCAUUGGAGCUGGACGUGGGAGAAUCAGCUGCACCAUUGCCAAUCGCUGCCAUGAGGGCGGCCAGUCCUACAAGAUUGGUGAUACCUGGCGCCGACCCCACGAGACAGGAGGAUACAUGUUGGAGUGUGUGUGCCUGGGCAAUGGGAAGGGCGAGUGGACCUGCAAGCCUGUGGCUGAGCGAUGCUACGACAACACGGCCGGGACAUCCUAUGUGGUGGGAGAGACCUGGGAGAAGCCCUACCAGGGCUGGAUGAUGGUGGACUGCACCUGCCUGGGUGAGGGCAGUGGCCGCAUCACCUGCACCUCCAGAAAUCGGUGCAAUGACCAUGACACCAAGACCUCCUACAGAAUUGGAGACAACUGGAGCAAGAAGGAUAACCGUGGGAACCUGCUUCAGUGCGUCUGCACCGGGAACGGCAGGGGGGGAAUGCGAAAGAAAGACACGUCCCUGCACACAACCAGCACUGGAUCUGGCUCUCCCAGCUUCACGAACGUGCAGACCGCCCUGUACCAGCCCCAGCCCCAGCAGCCCCAACCUCAGCCCUACGGGCAGUGCAUCACUGACAACGGGGUGGUCUACUCUGUGGGGAUGCAGUGGCUCAAGACACAGGGCAGCCAGCAAAUGCUCUGCACCUGCCUGGGCAACGGAGUCAGCUGCCAGGAGAUAGCUGUGACCCAGACGUAUGGUGGCAAUUCUGAUGGAGAGCCCUGUGUUCUGCCUUUCACCUACGAUGGAAGGACCUUCUAUUCCUGCACCACCGAAGGCCGCACAGAUGGGCACCUCUGGUGCAGCACCACUUCCAACUUUGAGCAGGACAGGAGAUACUCCUUCUGCACUGAGCAGAAUGUUUUGGUGCAGACACGGGGUGGAAACUCCAAUGGUGCUCUGUGCCACUUCCCCUUCCUGUACAACAACCGCAACUACACCGACUGCACGUCCGAGGGACGGAGGGACAACAUGAAGUGGUGUGGGACCACCGAGAACUACGACGCCGACCAGAAGUUUGGGUUCUGCCCCAUGGCUGCCCAUGAAGAAAUCUGCACAACCAACGAUGGUGUCAUGUACCGUGUUGGGGACCAGUGGGACAAGCAGCACGACAUGGGCCAUAUGAUGAGAUGUACUUGUGUUGGAAACGGCCGUGGAGAGUGGACCUGCAUUGCCUAUUCCCAGCUCAGAGACCAGUGCAUCGUGGACGGCAUCACCUAUGAUGUGAACCAGACCUUCCACAAGCGUCACGAUGAGGGGCACAUGCUGAACUGCACAUGCUUUGGCCAGGGCCGGGGCAGAUGGAAAUGUGACCCUGUUGACCAGUGCCAGGAUUCAGAAACCCGGACCUUCUACCAAAUCGGAGAUUCCUGGGAGAAGUACGUCCAUGGGGUCAGAUACCAGUGCUACUGCUAUGGGCGUGGGAUUGGGGAAUGGCACUGCCAGCCUCUGCAGACCUACCCAGGUUCAACUGGGCCCGUUCAGGUGAUCAUCACAGAGAGUGCAAAUCAGCCAAAUUCCCACCCCAUCCAGUGGAAUGCUCCUGAACGAUCUCACAUCACCAAGUACAUCUUGCGCUGGAGACCGAAAAACUCUGGAAGGCAGUGGAAGGAAGCCACCAUCCCUGGCUACCAGAACUCCUACACCAUCUCAGGCCUGAAGCCCGGUGUGAUAUAUGAAGGACAGCUCAUCAGUGUUCAGCAGUAUGGCCACAAAGAAGUCACUCGCUUUGAUUUCACCACAACCAGCACCACAGCAGUGACAAGCAACACUGUUUCAGGAGAGACAACUCUUCUUCCUCCCGUGGUUGCUACUUCAGAGUCUGUCACUGAAAUCACAGCCAACAGCUUUGUUGUCUCCUGGGUUUCUGCUUCUGACACAGUUUCUGGGUUCCGUGUUGAGUACGAGCUGAGUGAGGAGGGCGAUGAGCCGCAGUAUCUCGAUCUUCCAAGCACAGCCACUUCUGUCAACAUCCCUGACUUGCUUCCUGGUCGCAAGUACAUUGUUAACGUCUAUCAAAUCUCUGAAGAAGGAGAGCAGAAUCUGAUCCUGUCUACUUCACAGACUACAGCUCCUGAUGCACCUCCCGAUCACACAGUGGAAAGUGUGGAUGACACAUCAAUUGUCAUCAGCUGGAGCAGACCACAGGCUCCCAUCACAGGCUACAGAAUUAUCUACACCCCCUCUGUGGAAGGCAGCAGCACAGAGCUCAACCUGCCUGACACUGCAACCUCUGUGACGCUCAGUGACCUGAUGCCGGGAGUUCAGUACAACAUCAGCAUCUAUGCCGUGGAGGAAAACCAGGAGAGCACUCCCAUCUUCAUCCAGCAGGAAACCACAGGUGUCCCACGCACAGGUGAAGUUCCUUCACCCAGAGAUCUGCAGUUUGUGGAGGUUUCUGACAUCAAGAUCACCAUCAUGUGGACCCCCCCGCAGAGCCAAGUGUCUGGCUACCGAGUGGAGGUGAUCCCUGUCAAUCGGCCCGGCCAGCACGGCCAGAGACUGCCCAUCACCAGGAGCUCCUUUGCUGAAGUCAUUGACCUGCUCCCAGGAACCACUUACCUCUUUAAGAUCUUUGCUGUGAGCCAGGGCAGGGAGAGCAAACCUUUGACUGGGCAGCAAACCACCAAGCUUGAUGCCCCCACCAACCUGAGGUUCCUGAACACCACGGAGCACUCGGUGUUGGUGCUGUGGACCCGGCCCCGGGCGGUGAUCACAGGGUACCGGCUGACGGCAGGUCCCACGAGGGGAGGGCAGCCAAGGACCUACAACGUGGGACCCUCUGCCAGCAAGUACCUCCUGAGGAACCUGCAACCUGCACCUGACCGAACCGUGUACCUCGUGGCAGUUAAAGAUGACCUGCAAAGCGACAGAGCGACUGGAGUCUUCACAACCUAUCAGCCUGCUGGCUCUGUUCCUCCUUUUAACACAGAAGUGACUGAGACUUCCAUAGUCAUCACCUGGACACCUGCCCCAAGGAUUGGUUUCAAGCUGGGGGUGCGCCCAAGCCAGGGCGGGGAGGCUCCGCGGGAGGUGAUCUCGGACAGCGGCAGCAUCGUCAUCUCCGGGCUGACCCCCGGGGUGGAAUACACCUACAGCCUCACGGUGCUGAUGGACGGCCAGGAGAGGGAGACCCCCAUCAUCCGCAGAGUGACCACACCACUGGCUCCACCAACCAGACUGCGCCUGAAGUCCAGUCCUGAUACUGGGAUCCUGAUUGUCUCUUGGGAUAGAAGCACAUCUCCAGGCAUCAGUGGGUACCGUGUGACCACUACUCCCACCAACGGGCAGCAGGGCUCCACCUUGGAGGAGGUUGUGGGUGCAGAUCAGACCACCUGCACCUUUGAAAACCUCAACCCCGGUGUGGAGUACAAUGUCAGUGUCUACUCAGUCAAGGACGACCAGGAGAGUGUCCCCAUCUCUGAAACCAUCACUCCAGCUGUGCCUCCUCCCACUGAUCUCCGCUUCACUAACGUGGGGCCUGAUACCAUGAGAGUGACUUGGACUCCCCCGACUUCCAUCGUGCUGAGCAGUUUCCUGGUGCGCUACUCACCCGCCAAGAAGGAGGACGACGUUGCAGAGGUGACAGUUUCACCCUCAGACAACAUGGUGAUCUUAACAAACCUGCUCCCUGGUACUGAAUAUCUGGUGAGAGUCUACAGUGUUUCUGAGCAACAUGAGAGUGCACCUCUCUAUGGAAUCCAGAAAACAGGUCUCGAUUCCCCCACUGGCCUUGACUUCUCGGAUAUAACUGCCAACUCCUUCACUGUGCACUGGAUGGCUCCGCGUGCCGCCACCACAGGCUACAAGAUCCGGUACCAGCCGGAGCAGGGCGGUGGCAGGCCCAAGGAAGACCGUGUGCCCCCCUCACGGAACUCCAUCACCCUCACCAACCUGCUGCCAGGCACCGAGUACGUGGUCAGCGUCAUCGCCAUCAACGGCAGGGAGGAGGGCAUGCCCCUGGUCGGCCAGCAAACCACAGUGUCUGAUGUUCCAAGGGACUUGCAAGUUGCCCCUGCUGGCCCGACCAGCCUUGUGCUUUCCUGGGAUGCUCCUGCAGUGACAGUGAGAUACUACCGGAUCACGUAUGGUGAAACAGGUGGAAGCAGCCCUGUACAGGAGUUUACAGUGCCCGGCACCAUGUCUACUGCCACCAUCAAUGGUGUCAAACCUGGUGUGGAAUACACCAUCACUAUGUAUGCUGUAACUGGCCGUGGAGACAGCCCUGCCAGCAGCAAGCCAGUCACUGUCACCUACAAAACAGAAAUAGACACACCAUCCCAGCUGCAAGUCACCGACGUCCAGGACAACAGCAUCAGCAUCAGGUGGCAGCCUUCAACAUCCCCAGUCACAGGGUAUCGGGUGACAGCUGUCCCCAAGAAAGGACAUGGGCCCACAAAAACUAAAAACGUCCCUGCAGAUCAAACUCAGGUCACUAUUGAAGGUCUGCAGCCCACAGUGGAGUACAUGGUCAGUGUCUACGCUCAGAACCAGAACGGGGAGAGCCUGCCCUUGGUUGAGACAGCCGUCACCAACAUUGACCGCCCUAAAGGACUAACAUUCACUGACGUGGAUGUUGAUUCCAUCAAAAUUGCUUGGGAAAGCCCACAGGGGCAAGUCACCAGGUACAGGGUGACCUACUCAAGCCCUGAGGAUGGAAUCCAUGAGCUAUUGCCGGCCCCAGGGGGCGAAGAAGACACUGCUGAGCUGCAUGGCCUCAGGCCAGGUUCUGAGUACACUAUCAGUAUCGUUGCCAUUUACGAUGACAUGGAGAGCCUGCCCCUCACUGGGACCCAGUCCACAGCAAUUCCACCUCCAACAAACCUGAGGUUCACUCAGGUAACUCCCACCAGUCUCACGGCCACCUGGAGCGCACCCAACGUUCGCCUCACUGGCUACAGAGUCAGAGUGAACCCCAAGGAAAAGACUGGGCCUAUGAAAGAAAUCAACCUUUCUCCAGACAGCACAUCCGCAGUCGUGUCUGGAUUGAUGGUAGCAACCAAGUAUGAAGUGAGUGUGUAUGCCCUGAAGGACUCCCUGACCAGCCGGCCAGCCCAGGGGGUGGUCACCACUCUGGAGAAUGUUAGUCCCCCUCGCAGGCCCCGUGUGACAGAUGCCACCGAGACAACCAUCACCAUCACCUGGAGAACCAAGACUGAGACCAUCACUGGCUUCCUGGUUGAAGCUGUCCCAGCCAGUGGCCAGAACCCCGUUCAAAGGACCAUCAGCCCUGAAGUCAGGAGUUACACUAUCACUGGCUUGCAGCCUGGCACUGACUACAAGAUCUACCUUUACACUCUGAACGAGAAUGCACGCAGCUCUCCAGUAGUACUUGAUGCCUCCACUGCUAUCGAUGCUCCUUCUAACCUGCGCUUCCUUACAACCACGAGCAACUCCAUCCUGCUUACCUGGCAGGCUCCCCGAGCCAAGAUCACCGGCUACAUCAUCAGAUAUGAGAAACCUGGCUCACCUGUCAAGGAGGUUCUGCCUCGCCCUCGGCCCGGCACCACCGAGGCCACUAUUACUGGUUUGGAACCAGGUACUGAAUACAUCAUCUACAUCAUUGCAGUGAAGAACACUCAGAAGAGUGAACCACUGGUUGGCAGAAAAAGGACAGAUGACCUCCCCACAUUGAUUACCAGACCACACCCCAACCAGCCUGACAUCCUGGACGUGCCUUCCAUUGACGAGGGGACCCCCUACAUCACAAACAAUAGGCCGGGCUCGAGGCGGCCGCUGCCCAACGUGGACGAGGCCAUCGAGAUCCCGGGCUACCAGGUGCCCAUCAUCGUGGAGCCUUCCUACCCUCACUCCCGCGGGCCCCGGCGCAACGACACCACGGGCCAAGAAGCUCUUUCUCAGACAACCAUCUCUUGGAGGCCGCUGCUGGAGAGCUCUGAGUACAUCAUCUCCUGUCAGCCCAUCAGCCAGGAUGAGGAUACGCUGCAGUUCAGGGUUCCUGGCACUUCCUCCAGUGCCACGCUCACGGGUCUUACAAGAGGGGCCACCUACAACAUCAUAGUGGAAGCCCUGAAGGAUCACCGCAGACAGAAGGUGCUGGAGGAGGUGGUCACAGUUGGCAAUACUGUGUCUGAAGGACUAAACCAGCCAGCUGACGACACCUGCUUUGAUACUUACACUGGCUCCUUCUAUUCCAUUGGCGAGGAAUGGGAGCGCUUAUCUGAAACUGGCUUUAAACUCUGGUGCCAGUGUUUAGGCUUUGGCAGUGGCCAUUUCAGAUGUGAUUCUUCUAAGUGGUGCCACGACAAUGGAGUGAACUACAAGAUUGGGGAGAAGUGGGACCGGCAAGGGGAGAACGGCCAGAUGAUGAGCUGCACCUGCCUGGGGAAUGGAAAAGGAGAAUUCAAGUGUGAACCUCAUGAGACCACGUGCUAUGACGAUGGGAAGAUGUACCAAGUUGGAGAGCAGUGGCAGAAGGAGUACUUUGGGGCCAUCUGCUCCUGCACUUGUUAUGGAGGACAGCAGGGCUGGCGCUGUGACAACUGCCGCAGACCCAGCGUGGAGGUGGCCCCUGAGGGCUCUGCUGGCCACACCUACACACAGUUUACACAGAGAUACCACCAGGCCACGAACACCAACGUGAACUGCCCCAUUGAGUGUUUCAUGCCCUUAGAUGUACAGGCAGACACACAGCAGCCACGGGGAAAGUAACAGCGAGCGACACUCCUGGCGGCAAUGGCAACAGACAAACCAAAGCAUAAAUACCCAUGUGCCACGGUCACCAUCCAAACUGGAGGGAUGCUAGCAAAUCUGCAUCUUCUGAGAAUGGCCCUCUGCUCUGGAGCCAUUUUCCCAGCUUAAGCUCAACUCACAGCUUCUCCAAGCGCCACUCUUGGAGUGUUUCAGACUUUUCUCAUGAUUGAUAGUGAUUGUCUUGGUUCUGCCCAAGGUGUUGAAUACCAGUCAAUAUUUUCAAAUUUAAAGGAAAAAAAAAAAGCGAGGGGGGGGGGAAGGUUCUAAAUCACAAAUUUGGUGGGGGAUCAAAAUACUGAGGGUGAGGGAGGGUGUAGAAAUUCAAGGUUCCCGUGCUAUGCAAAGAACAUUUGAGUACAGCAUUACUGAGGUUUAGGGAUAGGAAAGUCCACCAAACACUUCUGCUUUCACAUAAGCGUGCAGCCAGCAAUAAGAUAGGAACAGCAAAUCCAAUCACUGUGAUAUUUAAAAUAUGCACAGUCCUAAUCCUUUCUCAAUGAUCCUAGUAUUUUUCUAGCUGUAUCUUUAUAUCUCAUACCGUUAUUUAUCAGUUUUGUUCCCCUGACCUUCAAGUGUUUUUAUAUGGGAAUAAAAUGUAUUGAAGACACUUAGUAUGCAGUUGACAAAGAGGAAUUUGGUGUAAUUAUGAUCAGUGAUUAUUUUUAUACUGUAAGUGCCAAAGCUUUACUACUGUGGAAAAGAAAAAAACAACUCUUUUAAUAAAAAGAUUUACAAACCAGA